CCCAGUAUAUACACACAUAUAUUGAUAUAUUCUCUGUCCAUCGUCCAGAGAGAAAAUUUGAAGUUUUCCGGGAAAGUUAAGAGAGAAAAUUAUUGUGGGGUUUUGAUGAUGGAAAAAGAUGGUGGACUUGGACUUGAGAUCACAGAGCUGAGGCUGGGUCUUCCUGGGAGGGAGGGGAUGAAGAAGAAGAAUGAGAAGAAGAGGCUGUUCUCGGAGAUUGAUGAUCAUGGCGGCGGCGGAGAUGAUCAGAACAGCUUGUCGGCGGGGAAGAAGAAUAACGAGGAGGUGGUGGUGGGGUGGCCGCCGGUGUGCUCGUACCGGAGGAAGAAUAGCAUGGUGAACGAAGGGUCAAAAAUGUACGUGAAAGUGAGCAUGGAUGGAGCUCCUUUCUUGCGCAAAAUAGACUUGGAAAAACACAAGUGUUACUCUCAACUCGCUUUUGCCUUGGAAAAGCUCUUUGGUUGCUAUGGACUCGAGGAGACGUUGAAGAAUGGAGACAAAAGCGAACACGUUCCCAUUUAUGAGGACAAAGAGGGUGACUGGAUGCUGGUUGGAGAUGUCCCUUGGGAGAUGUUUAUGGAGUCCUGCAAGAGGUUGAGGAUUAUGAAGAAAUCAGACGCAAAGGGAUUUGGAUUGACACCAAAAGGGUCUCUAAAGGGAUAUAUAGAAGAAGGCGCCACCAACUGAUCGAUGAUCCAUCAAAGAUAUAUACAUAGAGAGACACAAAAUGUCAAGAAUCAAAUCAAAGGAAAUUAAGGAAACGACUGAUUAAUUAAGCUUUAAUUAAUUAUUUCCCAAGUUCUAAUGUCGUACUUGUUUUGGUUAAUUAUUCCGUUUAGUGUUGUCGUUUUGUUAUAUUUGAAGGAACAGGCCGUUAUAAUAAUUCUUCUUACGUUUGGUGUAUCA